AUGGGGAACUGCAUGGAGAGGUGCUCGCCGGCGGAAGAAGACGGCCCGGUGGCGAUGGAAGGAGCGGCUGGUGCGGCGGAGGCAGAGGGUGCAGGGAAGCGGAGCGACGGGUUGAAGGUGAAGCUGGUGCUGACGAGAGGAGAACUCGAGUGGCUUCUGCUCCAGCUCAAGGAGAAGAGGGAGAAGAAGCUGGAGGACGUGCUGGGGGAGAUCGGCAGACGGAGGGAGGCGAGGAGGAAGGGAAGAUCCGACGCCUGGAGACCUUCUCUUGAGUGCAUUACGGAGAUCUCGGAGCCCCGAUGUCUCUGA